AUGCCACCAAAGGGUGGUAAUGCAAAGAAAGAGAGCGGAAGGGCCAAAAAGGCAGAAAAUGAAGCAAAGAAGCAGGAGGCAGCUGCAGCCGAGAAGGAGCGCAAAGAAGCCGAGAAGUGGGUUGACAAGGAUGUAAAGGGAGGAAAGGCGAAACAAGAAGAGAAGGAAGAGAAGCGCAAGGCUGAGUUGGCACGCAAAGCCGAGAACGCGCGUCUCCUAGCAGAAGAAGAAAAGGCGGCCGCCUCAUCCAAACCAAAGGCUGCAUCAGGACCAAAGAAGAAGGCAGCUGCGACACCCAAGCCUGCUGGCCCUGGAGCUAUCGCUGCUGGUGGGGGACUGGGAGGACCGUCUAAUCCCAAGGCGAAGGAGCCGACGCCGGAGGUGGAGAGUUACGCUGCGACUGGCAUUGAUAAUGCCCUGGAUCUGCUCGAGGUUGUCACUGCGAAGAUGGACAAAGCAAGCGUUGGGCAGCAGGCCGCUGGGAUCGAGAGACAUCCUGAGCGUCGGUUUAAAGCCGCCUUCGAAGCAUACCAAGAACGAGAAAUGCCCAGAGUCAAAGAAGAGAACCCUGGCCUGCGGCUGCAACAAUACAAGGAUCUAUUGUACAAACAAUUCCAGAAAUCACCCGACAAUCCAUUCAAUCAAGUCACAAUCGAGUACAACGCGACAAAGGACGACAAAGUCGAGGCGCUCAAGGCAAAACAGGCGCAAAUCGAACAGCGUCUGCGCGAACACAAGUAG